CGUUGUCGGAUCGCCAGGAGUCUGCCGACGACAGAUUACCGCGAGUCCGUCUUUGGCGCGAGUGUCGCGUAACAGGACAUUGUCGGGGUGGUGGACUCCGUCGUCCCGCUCGCGCGAGGGACCAUGCAGGUCCCGCGGGCGCGAGACGCGCCGACGAGAUAGUCUACGAGGAGGCUGGCUGGCUCUCGGGGACCCCUCGGCUCAGCCCUGGGGCGCCGAGAGUAGGACAAUUUCUCUCGUUCGAGAGAGAAAAAGCGGGGUAGAUCGAUAGGGCCAGCUGGUGUGCGUGCGUUCGCAGCCGUUUUCGCAGCCAGUCGGUGCGACCUAGCGCGGGGUGCGGCCCAGGAUGGUGAAGGCACCGAGUGCGACACCCGCCGGACCACCGGCGGGUGUUAGGAGGAUCCAUCCCGGCCCCGAGAUCGCCAUGAACCCGAGGAAUCUGCCCACGGCCUCCGCGAGCAUGCCGCCUGCUAUGCGGGGAGAUGCCAAUGCUGUCGGCAGCACGACACCCGUUUAUCAUCCCCAGGUGGACGUCUCGACGCAGGUGGACCUCCACGGCGGCUUCGGCGGUCCUGGCGGCGUUAUGGACUCCUGGGAUCGUCGGGCGACGCCGUUGUACUCGCGCGAGGACAUCAAGGAGCAGUACUGCAUCACCAGCCGGCAGUUGGACGCCGUCGAGAAGUCCGGCGGCGGCUUCUUCGGGUGCCUGUCGACGAGGGGACCGUCCCCGUGCAGCUCCACCAGGAAUUCCAUCCUGUCGGCGUGCGUGCGUAGCGUCCCCAGCGACGAGAACCUCUGCGACGCACCCUAUCCCCGGAGGCCCCUCCAAAUUAUGUACCGUCAGCCUUACCCGACCUACUCCCGCGGUCUGUCGCGGUAUGAUCUCGAGGACGAGGCGGAGUGGAUCGAAAGUUCCUACUUCAGACGGCGCCCGAGAUCGUUUUGCACCGUGCCCGAUCCGAAGAGGUAUACUUGGGUCCCAGAAGAUGAAGAAUCCAUGAAGUUGGAAGGUCCGCGACCAGUAUUACCACCUGUACCUCCUCCUCCAGGCACCAUCACGACGAUCCAAAUAUCGCAAGCCCCAAAGGCAAAGCACGUGAGCUUUGCGAGAUCGCACACGCUCACGUCGUUUGAAGUUCCAAGAAGUAUAAGCCCCCCGAGGCCACAUAAUCCAGAACGUCUUAUAGACUCGCAGCCGACUAUGCAGAAUACUAUACUGCCUUCGUCCUUGCCCUUAGUACAUCCUUAUCCCGGUGUUGAGCCACGUGUCCUCGUACUUGAGAAACCACCUAAACGUGGCGCCAUGAAAACUCAAGCGACGCAGACCGAGAUCCCGGCGAUGUUUCGUGGUCGUGUACUUCCGGUGACUCUCAGUCCCAGAACUAUCCACCGCGUUAAAAUGGUUUCGCAAGGUGCUCAAACGAAUGGCGUUUUCAACGGGAGAAAAUUGACCAAAAGUUACUCGGAAGCCGGACAGUUAGGUACGCCGCUUGGUAGCGGCCAGGCUGGUACACCAGCGAAAGAUGAAACCGAACACGAACCACUUCACAGGACACAAAGUGAAGAACCACCGAGGUCGCCUUUUCUUAUUUCAACAACACCACCACUUCCUUCUAUCACCACCGCCACCGUUGUUGUUGAAGAAACCUUACCAAACGGAGACAUCGCAAUCGUUCCCGUCGAUGUUUGUCGUCCACAUCGUAAAUCUCUUGAUAUAGACGACCAGGAGAUUUUUAUAAAUUUCAAACCGGCACCGGUGUCACCAGAUGCUCGGGCGCUUCUCAGCCGGAUUUCUGAGCCCACCCGUAGAUUCCUUCCUCUUCAGAAGACCUUCUCCGAUGGCGAAAUCCGUGUCGAGAGACGCGAACUCAUUGGAGAAAGUAGCGAGCCGAGUUAUCCUCACACCUGCAGAAGGAAUCAGCAGGAUUCUUGGGGCAGAACUGUCAGAACACCCGUCCAAUUUUCCUCGACACCUGAGGAUCUGUCCUUAUUACGAAGUUUGUCGCCUCAUGAGGAUCAUCACGAAGAGGAGUUCCAUGAAAAUCUAAUACGUCGAGGUCUAUUUCGAAAAAGAAGCGUAUCCCUCGAGGAUGGUGUACAAGGUCUAUCGUCAGACGAUUUCAUGCUUCCUAGGUCACUUCCAACCUCACCGACAUCGCCAACCGCAGCAGCAACGACACGAAGGAUUGCGCAGACCCCGAAGGACGAUUCGUUGCCUACCUGCGCCUUACUGCACACCGCGGUUUGCCCGACCGGGUACAGCACCGGGGCCGGCGUCGCCGGCACCAGCGUCAUCGGCCAGAUGACUUCUCCGUUUGCCUCGAGUGACUCUUUAACGAACGACGUGACCAGGGACCACAGCGAUGGAAUAUGGAACGAGUCGCAAGCGACGGUUCUCCAAGCUGACUCGUUAGCUUUACUGACGCCGUCCUCGAGGAGGAGACAUCUCCUACUUUUGCAACAUCAACAACGUUCCUCGAUGGACACCGAGGCUCUGGACGUUGAAGACGAGGUGGAACCUUGUCCGCCGAGUCCGAGAAUACGUCUGGAACCAGCCACUCCGGUGCAACCCAUCACACCAAGACGUUCUUACAGAAUACAAGAUCUGUUACCGGUACAAUUUCAACAAAUUUACUACAAUGAUGUAUCCACAACAGCACAUUUUUAUGCGUAUGAUAUUAUCGAAUCUCUUUCCGCGAGUAAUGGCCGACCGAGAAGCGGAUUACGCCGUGCGAGUCCAUGUCCGCCAUUGUCUCAGCCUCAGUCGCAGUCGUCCAGUGAGUUCGGUCUGAGCCUGGCGAGAACCGACUCGGGCGGCCGCACGAACACCGAUAUCUCCGAGACCUCCGAGGAUUACGUCACUGCCAAUACUUCUACGGAAACCGGGACCACUACAGGCACAUCCGCCACGACCAGUUCCUGGUCGAGGCCACCGCAGACGUCCAGCGCCGCGGCGUCGGCAGCGUCGGCGCCCGCUUCGACCACCGCGACCGCCGCGGAGGGCAGUUCCUUCGAAAGCGCAAGCUCGAUUUAUAGUCUGGCGAGGAGCGAGGCUGUUGUCGAGGAGCCGUGUAGUCCGCCGCCGAUCUUAGAGGAAGCGGAAAUCGCAUUUGGAUUAGAAUUACCUCCGCCGUCAAUGAGGUCUAGCAGCAGCAGUAGUUCGGGUAGCUACGACCUAAAAGAUGCGAUGACGGAUCCGAACAAUGAUUUAGAACAAGUCGCACCACGCAGCGGGCAUACCUCCGAAACCGAAUUAGAUCGAGAAGAGGGUCAUCGAUCGUCGUCCGGAGGUUACGCCGAGUCGCCGCCUGACGUUCGCAUGUGGAGCGAAGAGGAACGCCGUCGAAAGAAGAAAACCUUCAGCUUGGACUUUCUCGGAACCACGUCGAGCAAUGUCGAGUCGGAGCAUCCCGCGGAGCCGACAUAUUCGGAAAACGUCGAGGUCAGUCCGACGCCCAGUCAUCGUCACAGGUCGCGUAGCAAGCCGGCGUCGGCUCGGAGUCCUCAUCGAAAUAACAGAAAACGGGACUCCGCGCAACGGGACUCGGCGCAGCUGCAGCAACAGCAACAGCAGAUACUCAGAAGUCCUCAGAAGGAGGAAUGGCGAAUGGAGCAAACCGAGGACGGUCCACAUGCGCCAACGUCCGACGACUCGAGCUGCAGUCAUCAUUAUCACAUGCAUCAUCAUCAUCACCAUCAUAUGCAUCGGGAGGGUGCGGAAGGCGCGAGGCAUCGUCGGACGAGGGAAAGCCCGAGGAGGAAGACCAGUGGUUACAUUUCUACCAGGAGACGUAGCAAUGAGGAUAAGAACGCGGCGUUAACGGGCAGUUUACCGCGAAGAAAGUCCCGCGUUGCGGACGACAUAGUCUGUUCCAGUCGCCUGAGUCCUGGUCGUUAUCAGCGUAGCCCAGGGCACAAUGGUCAGCGAGCCCUCGUCGUGGAAGCGCAAAGUCCAGAGGCGAGACUAAAAGCACUGUCGGCGGAAUCGUUGAGAUCCGUCAGUCCGGGCAGCGACAAUGUCUUUUACAGCGAGAGCGCCGAUCAGCCUUGCGUCUCCGUCGCCGCUUUGGAUGCCGCCCACUGUCAUCAUUGCGGCAGAGAGGUGUCGGAAGAGAUCGUUCGACCACCGGCAGGUUUUGCGGACUCUCCAGAAGGAUACAGAACGUCUUCCAAGCACGUUACAGGACAUCGAUUGUACAAGAAGUUCGACAAGAGGUACAGAUCUGAAGAUCGAGGGGAUCGUAGACAUCGUCGUAGCAGUGCUGCCGGUAGAUCGGAUAUUCGAGCCAAAUCGGAGGAGAGAGCCACCCCACGACCAGGAAGCAGAGGUUCAAUCGAUGACACAGAUCGAAGAAGGCUGCAAGCUCGAAGUACUGAUGCCAGCAUGGAAAUUCUUACAGGAAGAGAAGAUGAGGAUACUUACGUGGAACCGUACUUAAGCAGUGAAUGGAUUUAUAUCGGGGAUCUCGAAGAGAGUCACGUAUGGAGAAGGCCUGACAGCAGAGAUGGUGACGACGACGAGUGCGUCCAUAAGAAGCGACGAGACUCUCAAGAAUCCACGGAGAGCGAGAAGAAAUUCACGAAGAGAUAUGAGGUGGCCACGCAUAGGAUGGUACAUCGAAAAAGCAGCGGUGAGAUGUACAAGAGGAUACAAACAAAAUGUUUUGAAAGCGACAAGAGGGUAAUUGUGAAACGCGAGGCUGGCGGCGAGUUCGGAUUCCGCAUUCAUGGCUCCAAGCCCGUUGUGGUUUCCGCGAUCGAGCCAGACGCGCCCGCGGAGAGUUCCGGUCUCGAGAUUGGCGACAUCAUCAUAUCGGUGAACGGCAGAAGCGUCAUGGACGCCACCCACUCGGAGGUCGUGAAAAUGGCGCACUCCGGCCCGGACGUUCUCGAGCUAGAAGUGGCAAGGACCUGCAACGUAUUGGCACCGCGCGUUACGCGCACCGGAAUGAAGGAGAGCGCUGAAGAGGCACCGCUCUACUCGGGAUAUUUGUGGAGGAAAUCCACGUCGAGCACGGAGAAGUGGGUUCGACGAUGGUUCGCUCUCCGUCGCGACAACUGCCUGUACUGCUAUAAGACUGACUUGGAUUCGCAACCGGUGGGAGCGGUAAUGCUUCUCAAGUAUGACGUGGAGCAGACGCCUGAAUUGAAAGCGCAUAGUUUUGCGAUAAAGAAAAAAGGUGCUCCGACAUUACGAUUGGCGGCUGAUACCGAAGAAGCGGCGGCUCGAUGGACCAUGGUUAUACGCGAAGCUGUCGAGAGGAACAAUCAGAUUGACACUUGGCUGGAUUCCUCGUUAAGAAUGAGAGAGAUGGCCGCGUGCGCUAUUCAGAGGCCAGAUUGUUUCGGGUAUUUGAACAAACAGCAAGAACAUGCGCGAAGAACGUCCUCGCCCACCGGCUGGUCCAGACGGUAUUGCGUGCUGAAGGACGCGGCGUUGUAUUUCUAUGAUGACGCCAACGCCGAGAAAGCAUUCGGCGUGGCGUGUCUGCACGGCUUCAGGGUAAAUAGCAACCCUCCGAGUUCCGGCGGCAGGAAGCACGCUUUCGAGUUGGCACCGCCAGAUCCCACGCAAAGGAGCUAUGUCUUCGCUACUGAAUCAGAAAUGGAUAAGAAACGGUGGGUGAACGCCCUCGAAUAUUCGAUUGAUCGAUGGAUAAAAGUAGGUUGAUGCGAAACAAUCCGCCCUACGACGAAUCCAACGAGUCGCAGUAGCGAAGAUCGUCCAAGGAAAUCCUCGUCCGUAUCCGUUUCCGGUUCCUAACACGUUGUGGAUUAUUCGCGACGAUCGUCGUUGUUACCUCGACGAUCAUCACACGCUCGUGGAUGUUGCCAAGAUUCUUUCAUUUCAACGACAUUAUUAAAUCUCAUCGUCUCAUGAUCAUCCUUGUAACUGCUGAUUAACAGUGACGUUACGUUAAAUUGUUCAAAUAAAAGUUAACGCUAAAACAAAGUAACUUGUGUUCCAUUUUGUACGAUCGCCGUCAUUUUGUCGGAAUUGUUUAUCAGCAGUGAUGCGAUUUCAUUGAACGUCGAGAAACAAUCCAAAUCCAAAAUAUAUAAUAUUGAUGAGUUCAAUUGAGAGAAUGAUCAAGUUAUUUCACGUUUGUAUUUUGUUGUUUGUAUUUUUUUUUUAUCAUAUAAUAAACAUGGAGAUCAUAUUCGUAUUUUUAAUCCAUCGAAAUCGGAACUCAUCAAAAUUAUAUUUCAAAAUUCAUAUGUUUCGAAAUUUGAUUUAGAUACGAAUUUUCAGAUUUCAUCGUCGAGCUUCAUUUAACCCCGCACUCCUGUCCAUUGUAUAUCUUAUCGUCAGCAUCACGCUCUGUGAAUUAUGAUCAAAAUGUGGCUGUAAAAUAAUAAAUUAUAAAGAAAUUGAAAUCUUUAAAAAAUUGUAAGUAUUAUAGCACAAUCAGUUCGCGAUAAUCUUGGCAAAGAAUCUCGUCUAAGAAGGCUCUUUGAAUUUGUCGCUGAAAUUCUAACGCACAUGAAGAUAAUUUCACAAGGGGAAUAGAGGAUAUCUUUAAAAGGGACAAAAUAGUUCGUAGAAUCGAUUAAUGUCCGAUUCCAUCAACGUAGAUUUACUUUAAUCUCGGUUUAACUUGCUCUCUAUCUUUUUCUAAUUCUUAAAACUAGAAAAAGAGGAAGAGUAAGUUGAAGAGAGAUUAAAGUUAAUCUACAUUAGUGGAAUCGGGCAUACAUGUAAAGGCGAAAAAAAAAAA